AUGUUCAGCGGACUUACUUCGAGAUCUGCUGCUCCACUCAGAGGCUUGAACCGCGUCCCUAGAUCUCUUCUGCUCGUCUGCCUCCUGUCCGCGCAUCCACCCGCAUCCAACCGACGCUUCCUCUCCAACACCCCUGUCAAGAUGUCCGCACAGCAGAAUGCUCCAGGUUGGAAGACGCAGCCCAACCCGUACCCACAAGCUCGUCGUGAUGACAAGGCUUCGCUGACCUACAAGUCGGCCGCCAAAGGAUCCGUCACCGUCCCCGAACCGUACGUCUGGCUCGAACAGCCACCCUCUCAAUCGCAAGAGACCAAGGACUGGGUGCAUGCUCAGGCCAAACUCACUCAAGACUACCUCGACGGCUGCCAGCCCGAUCUGGAUAUCCUCAAGUCUCGCAUCGAAAAGAACUUUGACUUUGCCCGCUUUUCGUGUCCCUCUCUCAAAGGCGACGGCAAUUACUACUACAGCUUCAACUCGGGUCUGUCGCCGCAAUCCCUUAUCUACCGUGCCAACAAACAGCAGGUCGACGCUAAUGCAGGCAAAAACCAGCGCGACCCCAUCGGCGAUAUCUUUUUCGAUUCGAACCUCCUCAGCGCAGACGGCACCGUCGCCCUCAGCUUUACCACCUUCUCGCACUCGGGCAAGUACAUGGCCUACGGUAUUAGCAAGAGCGGAAGCGACUGGGUCGAGAUCUUUGUGCGCGAGACCGCCAAGCCGUUCAAGCUUGACGAUGCGCACUACAACGCUAAUGGCACGAUCAAGCUCCCCAAGGACGAGCUUGCCAAGUACGUCGAUUCGACGGGAGGCAAGGAUCGUCUGGAGGAUAAACUGGAAAACGUCAAAUUCUCGGGUGCUACGUUUACACACGACGAUAAGGGUCUCUUCUAUCAGACCUACCCUUCUGUGUCCGUGUCCGACAAAGGCACAGAAACGGAUGCUAACAAGGACGCCCAGCUGUGGUACCACCGCAUCGGUACGCCUCAGUCAGAGGACAUCCUCGUCGUCAGCAAGGAUGUCAAGGUGCCUGAAUCCAUGUGGAGCACCAAUGUUGCGCACGACGGCAACUUCCUCAUGCUCUACAAUGGGAAGGAUACCGACACCAAGGAACGCGUGUUUGUGUUGCCCUUGCAGGACCAGGGUCUCUCUGCCUCUGCCAAACAGCUCAAGUGGAUCCCGCUGGCCCUCUCCUUCAAGUACGUACUCAACUACGUCACAAACAAGGGCAACCGCUUCUAUUUCAUGACGAACAAGGAUGCUCCCAACUACCGGCUGGUCUCGGUCGACUUGGACCCUGCCAAGCAAGCGCAGCCGACCGACAACGUCUGGGAGCUCACAGGGCAAGAUGCCGAACUGCGCGAUGUUAUUCCGGAAGAAAAAGAUGCGCUGCUCUCGUCGGUGCAGGUGAUCGACCACAACAAGCUGCUGGUGGUCUACUCGCGCGACGUCAAGGACGAGCUGUAUCAAUACGAGCUCGAGUCGGGCAAGCAAGUUGAGCGUCUGCUGCCGGAUCUGGUGGGAACGAUUGAGCAGAUUGCAGCGCGUCACGACGACGACCAUGCGUUUGUCAAGUUUGGCUCCUUUGUCAACCCGGGCCAGGUUGUGCGCCUGGACUGGCAAGCCGACUCGCUGCCCAGUGCGACCAAGGCCAAGCAGACGGCUUACUAUGACACGCACGUUGAGGGCAUCAAGGCGAAAGACUUUGUCUCAGAGCAGGUCUUCAUCACGAGCAAGGACGGGACGCGCGUCCCUAUGUUUGUGACACACCCCAAGACGGUGCAGAAGGACGGAAGCGCUCCGGCCAUUCUGUACUUCUAUGGUGGCUUCAACAUCCCGAUCACGCCCGUCUUUUCACCGUCGAUGAUGUCAUGGAUCUCGUCGUACAACGGCGUAUUGGCCUUUGUCAACUGUCGCGGUGGCGGAGAGUAUGGUGACAAAUGGCACGAGGCGGGAACACUGCUCAACAAGCAGAAUGUGUUUGACGACGCGCUGUCUGCGGCCAAGUAUCUGCACGAGAGCGGGUAUGCUGCCAAGGGCAAGAUCAUUCUCUCUGGAGGAUCGAACGGCGGACUCGGGGUAGCAGCGUGCAUCAACCAGCAGCUGCCCGAACACGGUAUCGGAGCGGGUAUUGCCGAUGUGGGCGUGAUGGACAUGCUCAAGUUCCACACGUGGACGAUUGGCAAGGCGUGGUGUGCCGACUACGGAAAUCCCACGGAGGAUCCAGAGAUCUUCGAUUAUGUGUACAAGUAUUCGCCACUGCACAAUGUCGAUGCGAGCAAGGUGUAUCCGACAACGGUGCUGGCGUGCGCUGAUCACGACGACAGGGUGGUGCCAGCACACUCAUUUAAACUGAUGGCCGAGAUGCAGCACAAGCUGGCCAACAACCCGAACCCACUGCUGUUGCGAGUCGAGAUCGAUGCAGGUCACGGAGCGGGCAAGAGCACGCAAAAGAGGAUCCAAGAGGCUGCGGAAAAGUAUGCUAUUGUGGGCAGAGCGCUGGGCCUCAAGGUUCGCGAGGAUGGAAGCAGUCGGUUGUAG